AUGGAAUACGUGAAUCCAACAACAAUCUCGUUCGUCGCCGCAGGAGCAGGCGCGGGAGCCUACUAUGUCUAUGCCAACGUGAUUGAGCCCCAGAACCAGGCCCAGCGCGUCCUCCAGGCUGAACAGGCCCAGAAGGAGCUUCUGAUGAAACUUGAUGAGGAGGAGGCUUUGCGACGUGGGAUUAAAAAGCAGACUACCAAGAGGAAGACCAUUGUCGUUGCUCGUCCAAAAAAGAUUGAGCACGACAACUCGGAUGUGACACCCGAGGAUCUCAACGAUAUGAUUUCGACCUCCAACCCCUUCGACCUCCUCGAACGCCCUCACACCGUCGCUAAAGCCAACGGAUCAGCGGCAACAAAGUCCAAGAAGGGAGCAGUCUCCAAGAAGAAGGCCGAGGUCGUUAUUACCGCCGCCGUCGCUCCCAAGGAGCAGCAGUCGCCCAAGGCGGUGUCGUUCGACCUCAAGCCAGAGAUCAAGGAGUUGCCCAAUGCCGUCGUAUCCAAGAAGGAGCGGAAGGCUGCCAGCAAGAAGGAGGCAGCAUCUACUCCUGCUCCUGCAGCUGUUCAAUUGAAGGUUACAAUUGCCACUGCAAAUGCAGCAGCUGUAUCCACGAAGGCUGGCGCUGCUCAGUGGCUGGAAGCCGCUUCCCCCAAGGAGCCAGAGGAUCUCCAUACCCCUGAGCCCUUCAAGCCCACCCGUGGUCAUAAAAACACGUUCGCUGCGCCAGCACCAUCAGCACUCUCUGAACCAUUCCAUACCUUCAAGUCUGCCAAAUCCUCACAAGCUCGCAAGCAGCAACAGCAACAGCAACAGCCUCAACAAAAGCCCGCUACUGUCGAAACGGUCGUGGAAGUGCCUCCCAAGCCUGUAGUUUCUGUGGUCAGCGAAGAAGAGCGUACCCUUGCCCUCCAAGAAUUCAAAGCCCUCCAGGCACUCGUCCAAGCCCGCGACCUGGCCUUGGCAGCAGCCGAGAGCCGCGCCGAACGAUCCAUGCGCAAGAUCCAAGAGCUUCAGAAACAGAUUGAGUCUGAAGCGGCCCUGGUCAAGUCUGCACAAAAGAUCGAGAACAAGGCUCAGAAAUUGAACGAGAAGGUAGUGUCGCUUCAUUACACCAACUCGAUCUUGGUCCGCCAGCUCUCAGUCGAUAAAGAGAACCUCAAGACUGCCCAGUUACAGGCUAUCAAGAAAGAGGCCGAGUUUGCUGCCGAGACUGUUGUUGGUAACAAGGGUGCCGAUGCGGAGUGGGAGACUAAACUGGAGGCGUUGGAGCAGGAGCGUGUUCAGCGUGCUGCUCAAGUCGAACAUAUUCAAGAAUUGAACCAUGAACUGCAGCAGCACCGCACUCAGUCCGAGUCCGAGAUCUCGCAACUCUCUCAGAGCCUGGUCGAGGCUGACCGACGUGCUGAGGGUGCUCUUCGGGAACGGAACGAGAUCCUUCACCAGCUGUCGAUGAUUGUUUCUGACAAGGAGGCUAGGAUCGCGUCGUUGGAGGCAGAUAUUGGAGCCCUUGAGGGAGAGCUCGAGAACUCCAAGGUGCAGGUCGAGCAGUAUGCUGAGGCGGUCGGGCAGGCAGAGGAGGUGUCCCAGAGUCGUCAUGAAAUCUUGGAGGGUGAGAAGCAUUCGAUGCUGGAAGAGAUUGAUCUCUUGAGGGGCUUGCUUACCCUGGAGGAGACCAAGGUCGUGGAGAGGGACGCUGACGUCAAGAAGUUGAAGGAAGAGCUCGAGGUCGUCCAGGAACAGAUCAGGAAAUUGGAAGGUGACCACGCCAGCGCUCUCACUGCCAAACAUAAGGAGCACCAGUAUGUCCUAUCGACCAAGGAAUCUGCUCUGGCCAUCCACAUCACCAACUCGACCACCGCCCAGGCCGAGGUCGAGACCGUCCGUUUACUGUUGAAGGAGGCUCGUGAGAAUCACCGGGGCGAACUCGAGAAGUUAAGCCAGGGGCUCCAAAAAUCCAACAUCCAAAUCGCAACCUUGACUACGUCCCAACAGUCAUGGACUACCAAGAUGGCAGAACUCACGGAGAGGUCGAACGAGAGCAACGACAAGGCAAUGGAGCAAUCUGCGACGUUGAACAAGCGGAUCCAGGAACUUGAGCAGGAGAUGGUCAUCAAGGAGUCCAGCCACCGCAUUGUCUUGACCGAGAAGGAAGAUGUGGUCACCAAGUUGUCUGCACUCGAGACUGUUCAUGAAUCCUGCCACGGACAGCAUGGUGCCCUGACCAAGGAAAAGCAGGACCUCCUCCAGACUGUGUCAACAAAGUCUUUGGAGCUUGACCAUUUCCGUCUGGAGAAGGAGGCUCUUGCAUCCGAGUUGGCCCAGAAGAAGACCGCGUAUGAGGAGUUAAAGUCUGCCAAGGAAGGCGUCGAUGCAGAGUUGGAAGCCUUGAUCGAAGCAUCAGAUACUAAAAAGACCGAGAUCGAGCAGGAGUACGACGCUCUGAGUCUGAGGGUUGUCGAGUUGGAGCAUGAGCUUGACGGCCUUCGCCAGCAGCAACAGACAAAGGCGAGCGACCAUACUGUUGAUGAGGUUGUGCAGGAUGCCGGCGAGGGUGCUGCUAAGAAGGCAGCGACGACGACGGAUGGAGAGCAGAAAGGGCAGGAGGUGUUUAAUGCUCAGGUGGAGGGUCUUGCCGUUGCUACCUACUAA